AUUUUUGUCCAGAUGUUUAAUCGCUAUAUUUCCCCACAAUUAUUAUUUACUCAACUGUUCUUAAUGUAAUUUUGUAGCAACAAUAACAAAAAAAAAGAAGAAAAAAGAAAGAAAUGGAAAUAUAUGACGAGACGCUGAUCAGAGUGAGGACUCGAUUCCUUCUUUUAGUCGCGAUGUCUGAGGCUGCACGAUUAGAUAAGACCUCGGUUCAUAGUGCGUCCGAGAUGCAGAGCGCAUAAGAGACCAAGAGACCAGAGGACCGGCCUCAGUUAAAGCUGUGUGUGCAUACCGGCAAAUUCGUUGACAAAUUACACGAAAAAUUUGAGCUAAAGGAUCAGUGUUCGCUUCGCGAGUAACAUACACGUGCCUCGUAUAAGUUCUCUUUCGACUGGACUCUUUGCCAACAAUCACACUUGCUCGUCUCUCAAGUCAUACAUCGAAAACAAUUAAUCUUUUACUGAUGUUUCUUUACUUAGAGAAUAAAGUUUAAGUCUUUCUUUUCAAGAUCGAACUAUGAAUUCGUUUUUCAAAAGAAAAUUUAUAUUCGAGAUGGAGUGGGACUGACUCUGAUUCCUUUAUACUCGAUUAUAAUCACAAGGAAGUAAGAGAAAAAAAUUAACAAUGCCAGCCUGUACCAGUGAAAACGUUUCGAGGUUCUGGUCCUCGAGUCCACCGAUUUCCAGGAGCAAUAGCGUAUCUCCUCCGAUACCUAGUUCACCAUUGUCUACGUCGCCGCCUUUGAUAUCACCGAUAUCUACUUUGAAACGAUCCGUAUCGAAUGUUUCUAAUCAUUCCAAUGCAUCGAACAUCUCCCAGUCAUCGAACAAUUCGGGCACACCUACUGUGAUAUUUUCACCGAAACGACAGCAGCAACAUCAACAGCACCAACAGAGGUUACAGUUAAGCUAUCAAGUUCAGCCAACACAAGGACAGGAUCAUAAUCGAAAUGACUCGUUGCUACUGAAAAUUUUGUCCGUGUACGUAGACAUGUUAUACGUAGUACUUCAAGGUAUCAUCUGCGUAAUAACUUAUGCGAUCUGGGCGCCAGCACUCGGGGCAUCCAUUUGGGUUUACAUGCUAUGGCUAAUUUUCCAAUUUCCCUUGACCACUUUCAAAUGGUUCCUGACCGUGCUCUAUAUCCCAGUUUCGGAGAGGACUCGUACUAAACGCUGCGUUCUUAUUAGCGGUGGAAGCACAGUGCAAACAGUUCACCUGGCACGAAAUUUCUACAAAGCUGGCGCUAGAGUGGUGAUCUGCGAGUUGGAGGGUUUAUUCAGCUUGGCCAAGUUCUCAACUGCGUGCUCCAAGUUCUACACAAUUCCGAAACCAGGACCUGGAAACGCGAUCGAGUACAUCAAAGCGUUAAAAGACAUUGUCCAAAAAGAGAAGGCCGUUUAUUAUAUUCCGGUGAGUGCUAGUAACACGGCCUACUACGACGCCUUAGCGAAACCUUACCUGGAGAUAAUGGGUUGUGAGUGUUUCGUGCCCGGUACCAGUGAAGUGACAACUCUGGACGAUCCCUUGGAACUUUUGCAAAGAUGUCAAACAUUAGGUCUAUCGACCCCCUGUCAUGUCGUUUUACGCUCUAUGCAAGAUGUUUCGAGAAUGUACGAACAGAAUGCGUUCUCCACUGGAAGAUACUUGAUGCUAGCUGCAGGACCAGUCGGAAUGAGAGAUCGAAGCAGGAUGAUACUGCCUCCGACUAUAAGGGAAUUCAGAAACCAGCAGUACGAGAUUAGCGAAAGUAAACCUUGUAUAGUAAUACGUGACCCUGGCGGCAGACACUAUAUUACUUGCACUACGGUGAAGGAGUCGAAGAUCGUGGCCAACGUGACUUGCUUGGUGGACGAAGAGCGAGGCUUGAUACCUGAAGAACAUCCAGAAAUAAUGGAGUGGCUCGACAGAUUUUUCGUUCGGUUGUUUAGCACCAGGAUCAACGGGCACUUGAGCUUCAGAUUAGCCGUAACGGAAGAAGGAGAACUAGUGCCAAUCGGCUGUCGAGUAGGCGUUAGCUUACCCUACAUCUGUCACACGGGAAUUCAUCCUCGAUUGGUAUGGAAACCCUGCAGACACUUCUCCAGACAAAAUUCAGGAGUCUUUACUACGUCGGACAGGCAUUUGCUACCGAAUGGAAUAUCUUAUGCACUGAAAAGAUCAGCGGGAGAGACCGUUCCUCACCUGUUAGGCACCGUACUCGACAAACGAGAAGCUCUUUUCGCUUAUUGGGACCCACUGCCAUAUUGUGCCUACUACCAUCUUCAAUUACCAUUCAGACGCCUCGCAGGCAUAAUUCGAGCACAGCCGGUACAACAUCCACCAUUGGCGGUAGUGCAGUAAUUUUAGCUGAAAUUUAGCGAACUGUAUCUUAAUGAACACUAAUAAAGUCCAUUUUUUAAAGCAAUCGCGUAAACGGAGUCAGAGCAAAAGAAAACAGAAUGGAAUGAUUGAGAAACGAGCCUGCAUGGUUUCGAGCGAUUUCACGAAGGCAGCCAGUAUUCGGAGAUACGGAUUGAACGAACGAAUUCCUGUGCUUGAAAAUAGAAAAAUCGAGUCGAACGAUACAAGGGAAGGGAGAAUUCGUGCGGGAAAUCUAUAGAUUUCAAAGGUCAAGUUCAUCUUUAUCGAUAAUAAAUACUGCUGAAAUCACAAACAAAGUGGAUGUGAAUUAAAAAAAAAAAAUGAACAAGCAGAAGAAAAUAUACACGUUCGAAUCACGUGCCGUUGCUGUUAGACAAACCACUUUUGCGCGCUGCAAUUUAACGUAUGUUCCUAUCUUCAUAGACUGCUAUAGUGCUGAGAAAAUUAAGUGAAAAUUUCGUGUUUCGCAAAUGUACAAUUAUAUUUCGUGUACAGUGGACACACAUGUCUUUUCUCGUAUUCAAUUCGAAUUUCUUUUUUUAUUUCUCUGCACCGAUGAUUCGACAAUGAACUUUACCUAGUAAAUAAGCAUGCGCGCAUACCUACAUACAAACACUAUUAAUAUAUUUUAUAUUUUAUAUUUCAUUCAUUACACAUUGUUACAUCAAACCCGAUAAAUUAUAAAUAAUGUUAAUUGACCUAUUAUUCAUACUAAGCGGAUAAGAGGAUGUUGCGACGAUUUUUGUUCAAGAGCGGGUUGGUUUACAAACUUUUUUCUAUUUCUCGACGAAUACCGAGGUGCUGCAGAAUUUCUGUAUAUUUAUAGUAUUUGAUAUUUUAUAAGGAGUCGAAUUAACUAAAAUUCGUGUAAAUACUCGUGAGCACAUUAUGAAAAUAAUGAACGUAUCAAUAAAAGUUGUUCAGAACGGAAUAUUUUUUAAUAUAACGCAUUAAAAUUAUUCUUCAUUUAUCGACAAUUAAACAACAUAAACUCUGCAUCAAAAAUAGUUGAAAUACGUAACCUUCCUUUCAUAAUUUCAUACUCAAACUUUUAUGUCAUUGGCUUGUUUUUCAAACAAGAAACUAAUUCUAUGAAGUAAGAGACAAUCUCGGUUACGUAUUGUUGACGUAAUAUAAAAUUAUAUCAAAGUUCAGUAGAUAUCAAAACUAUCGCCUUAGAGUGAUCGGCGAACGCAUUGUCCAUAGACACUCAUCGAUCAAUGCAUGAAUGUACAUAUCUGAUUCAGCAAUAACAACAAACAAGUUCUUGACCAGUGUACGAGCAAGAUUAAUCGGAUUGCUCGAUUGCAUUGCUGAAGCAGUAAAUAAUUCGUUGUAUAUACGAGUGACUCGGAGGGCACUUAACGGACUUUGAAAGGCAAGGGUCACCAGUUCGAGAGAUGCUGUCGGUAUUAUCACCCAUCUGGUUUUCUUCUUUUCUCUCUCGUCAUUUUUUCUUUCUUCCUUCCCAGCAAAUUUUUAUCUUCAGCUGUUGUCAACUGUCUGAAUGAACAUGUAAUUUUGUCACUAAUUUCUCUCUCUCUCUCUCUCUCUCUCUCUCUCUCUCUCUCUUUCUCUCUGAUCCUUUCUCCCUUCUCUUUAUCUAAAACUCACACGAUAAGAAGUUAAUUAGCAUCUUUUUCAGAUGCAUACAAUUAAAUUUUAAAUUAGGAAAUUCAUCGAGUCGAAUCAGUUUUACUCGAACUUUUAUAUUUGUUAAACAAUAAAAUAAAGGUAAGGAUAUGUGUCAUGAGGGAUUUAUACUCAAGCAUGCUAUUGUAUGUUUAGGUCAAAGUAGAUUUCCGUGAUCGCAUGACAUUUUCCUUGCACAAGAAUGUGACGGGGGAUUAAUAACGAUCGUAAAUAUCAUUGAUAGAUCAUACAGGUAAAAUGGGGGUUGUUUUCACGAUGAAACAGGAUGAAAGGUGAAGAUCGGAAAACGGAGCGACCAAAUGUGUAACGCAAUCUUAUCAUGCGAUAAUAUCGAAAUGCAGUUCCUUGACGACGGCCGGUGAAAUAAAUCAAUACGUGGACCACCUUAUUUUUUUGUUUCCAUUUCAUUUGGAGACAGCAUAUAAAGGAAAUUGCUCAUUUGCCAAAAUUGAUGUGGACUUUAAUUGCACCUUACACAUACGAUGAACUCAAUAGUUGUUCGGCAUACAGAGGAAAGAUUUAAUAGAAAGCUUUCGAAGAACAUAGAAAGCCAUAUAAAAUACGUAUAUUUUUUCAGAGAAACGAAAUAGAGUACUUUUCAUUCCCAAAAUAAUUUUCAGAUAUUAAAUAUCCAGAAUAGACAGAUCGAACUGUCACCAAGCCGAGUUCAGAAGCGUCUCUUUUAAUCUGAUUUCAUGGUGAAAAAAGUGAUGAUUCGUAAUGGCUUAUUUUUUAAGCAAGUUGUUCAAUUUUUGUUUCGCCGUCGACCCCUGUUAUCCGAGGACAGGCUUACGAUUAUCAUGAUUCUCUCUCUUUCGUUUCAACAGUAAAAUCACCGAUUUAUCAGUUACGUACAUGAUUGCCUGUAUAAUAUCUUGUAAGAAUUCGUCAUACGAUUUUGAUUUCUCAGAAUUAACGACUUCGAUUAAUUUUUGUUUACGAUUGUCCGACAUAUUUAGUAUUGCAUACGUUAACCCUCGAUUUCGAAAAAGUAGGAAAGUAAUAAAAGGUAUUGGACUACGAAAGAAGACUUCAGAGUCGUUUAAUAAUUAUUCAGUCCAACAACUAUUCUCACAUUUUUUCCAUCAAAGUCUGUCGAAGUGUUUGUUUGUGGCCGCGUUAUAGAUGAAAGGUAAUGCGUACCACAUGGUUCCAGGUACUGCACUGUGUGAACAGAUUCACCUGACUCGCAUACCAAUGGUCCGUUUACUGCCACAACUUACACCUUACCGCUAAUUUCCUAGUGGCAAGAACGUUUAACGCAUCGAUACGCUUCUUAUGCGAGAACUAUUCUUUACUUCAGCGAUAUUUUUUGAUACGCACAUUUUGUUAAAAUUUGCAUUGUCUGUUUUUUAAUUGUUUGCAGAAAAAAUUUAAAUAAUAAUAUAACUCACAAUU